AUGAACACAUCUUGUGUCUUUCUAGCCCUGAAAAUAACAAAAGUCAAUUGGCAAUCCAAACUAAAUAAAGCUGCCCACCACACCUCUGAUUACAGCAGCACAGAAGCAAUCUUCAGGAGAGGGCAGCCUUUCCACAUCUCUCUGAACAUCAAAACAACAGUGCAGUCUUGGGACAACUUCACCUUCAUUGCAAGCACAGGACCAUCCCCAGCAGAAUCCCAGCAGACCAAGGCCAUCUUCACCCUUUCAGAGGAGGGUGCCAGUGGCUGGAGUGCAGCCCAAGAGCCCAGUGAGCCUGGCUGGGUGAACUUCACCAUCCUCAGCCCAGCCAGCGCCGUCAUCGGGCGAUACAAACUCAGACUCCAGAUCCUUUCUGGAAGCAAGGUCUUUUCAAAAGUCCUGGGCCAGUUUGUGCUACUCUUCAACCCUUGGUGUCCAGAUGAUGAUGUCUACAUGGCUAAUGAGAAGGAGAGACAGGAGUAUGUCCUGAAUGACAGUGGAAUCAUAUUUCAGGGACUGGAAAAAGACAUUCAGCAAGAAGCUUGGAACUAUGGACAGUUCGAAGAGGAUAUCCUUGAUAUCUCUCUGGCUAUACUGGAUCGGAGCCUGAAGCACCGAGAAGAUCCGGCUGUUGAUGUAUCCAACAGGAACAACCCUGUCUAUGUGAGCAGGGUGAUCAGUGCUAUGGUCAACAGCAAUGACGAGAAGGGAGUGGUGGAAGGGAAGUGGACCGGGAAGUACCGCUCGGGAACAAACCCCCUGCAGUGGAGCGGCAGCGUGACCAUCCUUCGCAAGUGGUACAGGGGCAGGUACAGACCUGUCCGCUACGGCCAGUGCUGGGUCUUUGCAGGAGUCACCUGCACAGUGCUGAGAUGCUUGGGAAUACCUACCCGUGUUAUUACCAACUUCAACUCUGCCCAUGACAGCAAUAUAAAUCUGACUAUUGAUAAGUACAUUGACAUGUCUGGAAAGACCCUGCACUUGACUGAAGACAGUGUGUGGAACUUCCAUGUCUGGAAUGAAAGCUGGUUCGCAAGAAGAGAUCUUGGUUCUUUUUAUGAUGGAUGGCAGGUUCUGGAUGCAACACCCCAGGAAAAAAGCAAAGGCAUCUAUCAGUGUGGUCCUGCCUCCAUCAGAGCCAUUAAAGAAGGGGAUGUGAACCUGGACUAUGACAGCCCAUUUGUGUUUGCAGCAGUGAAUGCUGACUGUGUAACUUGGAUUCGCUACAGCAAGAAAAGGAAAGAGAGGAUUUACUCCAACACCAGGAAGAUUGGGAAGUGUAUCAGCACCAAAGCAGUGGGCACCAACUCCCGUGUGGAUGUCACUGCUAAUUACAAAUAUCCAGAAGGAUCCUCAAAAGAAAGGCAGGUGUACAAAAAAGCACUGAAGCUGCUUGGUGUGAGAAGAACUGGGAAAAAACCCAAAAUUAGAAAACCUAGAAGACGAUUUUCAAGGGCACAGCCUGCACAAACCCCCAGCAUCUCAGGGAAGCUGAUCCUCGAUGCAUCUCCUGUCAUUGGCCAGGACAUCCUCCUUACCUUGUCACUCAGAAACUUGAUCUCAGAUUUCAAGACCAUAAAAGUUAAAUUGAAGGCUUCAGCCAUUCUCUACACAAGAAGACCAAAGGCAGAGAUUUUAGAGCUGUGUAGGUCUAUUAAACUCGGAUCUGAAGAAGUGAAAGAGUUUUCCUUCGGGAUCCCCUAUUCCCAAUACAAAAACUCCCUGAUGGAUGACAGGAAGAUCCUGGUGACUGCUGUGUGCCAAAUCAAAAAGGGAGCCUCGCUCCUGGUUGAGAAGGAUAUUGUACUUCAGGAUCCUUUUCUCACCAUCAAGGUGCUUGGUCCAGCAGUGGUACACCAGGCUGUUGAUGUGGAGGUCACAUUUACCAACCCACUGUCUGAAGAGGUGACAGACUGUGUGCUGAGGGCUGAAGGUAGUGGCCUGCUCAGAGAGCAGCUCAGAAUCAAUGUGGCAAGAAUGGCCCCCAUGGAGACUUCAACAGUCCGGUUUGAAAUCAUUCCCUACAGGAGUGGCGCCAGGCAGCUUCAGGUGGACUUGGUUUGCAUCCAUUUUUCAGACAUUAAGGGAUUUGUGACGCUUGACGUGGCUCCUGCUCAGUGA